AACAUGUAAACAACAGCAACGAAUUAAUAUUUAAACCAUGAAGUAAACAUGUAAAUGAAAUCAACGAGUUUUAAAAUUCACAAACCAUGAACUUGAUCAACCUGUGAGCGACAGCAACGAAUAAAUGUACAAACUAUGUAUUAUAAGAACUCGAUAAACUUGUCAAUAAACAUUGAAAAUUUGAAUUCUAUUAACCCGUAAACGAAAAUAGCAAAUUAGUUUUUGAAUCAUGAACACGAUUAAUCUGUAAACAUCAACAGCGAAUACACGUUUGAAUCAUGAAUGAAGCCAACGACAGCAGAGAUCCUGAGCUAUAUCGUCCAGUAAACGACAGUAUAGCGAAGUACAGUUAAGGAUUGGAUGAUUAUUUUGAUACUAAAGUUCUUAGAUCGUCACGGCUACCGCUGUCUGCAGAUGACAAGGUCCGCAUUAUUCCAAUUCUUCUUUAUUUUGAUGAUCAUGUUGGAUAUAGAGGCUACCUUAGACAACCAUAAAAUCAGCUGCCAACAAGAGCAACACCAUGUCAUCAUCCCAUUUAUUGCCACCAUUAGUGGAAAAUUUGUGUCCAAUAUCUCAUUGGGUUCGGAAGACUAUAAAACGGGUCCUAAUGCCGAUAAAAGGACAGCAUAUCCAUCAGAUUUAUAUGUAACUAUUCCGCUGGGGGAUGUCGAAUUUACCCUGGAGCUACAUAAACACAGCAUCCAUACCAGUGAGCGACACAGAAAGUGGACCUCUGGUAAUAUCACGUACUCCCAGCUCUUGGUGGAUGACUGCUUUUACCAGGGAUCUGUUAUUGGUCAAGAUAGGAGCUUUGUUGCCGUAGCUCUGUGCGAUGGAUUGAAUGGUUAUAUCCAAACCGACGAAUAUGAGAUGCUAAUAGAUCCCAUGAGGCACCAAAACAGAGAAUACAGCGACAAUGGUCAACACAGAGUUAAAACUUGUUCCAUCCCUAAAGACAUAGGACGAAUGCGACCAAGAGAAAGAGGCCACAGAAGGGAGAAAAGGCAAGCAAGAAGUGGGAGGAAAUAUCUGGAGGUUCUUAUUGCUGCCGACACGAGUGUUACCGCUGUCAUUGGUAAAGACAGCCUGGAUACUUACCUACUGACCCUGAUGAAUAUAGUGAACAAGGUUUACAAACAUGAUACAUUAUCCGCAGACAUUGAAGUUGUCACCGUAAAAACCCUGGAACUCGACAAAUCAAUGGAGGACAAUAUCAUCUCUAAAAACGAUGCGAGAAAAACGGUAGAUAACUUUUGCCAGUGGACAACCAAACAGGCAUACAACAGGAUGAUCAAUAAGGGAGGAUACCAUUUCGAUGUCGCGGUGCUUUUAACAAGAACUGGCAUAGGCCCCGCAGGUUAUGCCCCAAUCACCGGAAUGUGCAACCCAGGACGCAGCUGUGCUAUAGUCAAAGACGAAGGACUUACCUCUGCCUUUAUAAUAGCCCAUGAAGUGGCUCAUGUUUUUGGUUUGUACCACAAUGGUCAUAGGAACACAUGUUCCGGACGUCAAUACGAGACAAGCAUCAUGGCCGCAAUGGUGAAAGCAAACCUACAGCAGUACUGGUGGACGGACUGCAGCAGUAAACGCAUGGACGAAGUGCUUCCGUCAUUAACAUGCCUUAAUAACAAACCGUCUGCGUCGCACUCCGUUGAUCUUCCUCUUGGAGAGAAGUUUUCUUUGGACAAGCAAUGUCGUUAUGAAUUUGGAGCUGGGAAUACUUUAUGUCCGCAUUUUUUUGGACAACCAUGUGCCAUGUUGUGGUGUUCUGGGCCCAGUGACCGUGGAAAUAGAAUGUGUAAGACAAAGCGGGCACCCCCUCUAGAGGGAACUCCUUGUGGCACAGAAAAGCAAUGUGAGAAUGGUCAGUGUGUGUACUUCGGUCACCACACGCCGGUGAAUGGAGGGUGGGGCGCCUGGGGUAACUGGUCCUCCUGCUCUGCCGCCUGUGGGAUUGGACUUAGACAGAGAACUCGGGACUGUACCAAUCCAAGACCUCAGUACGAUGGAAAAGACUGUACGGGUGAAAGCAAUGAGAUGGAUACUUGCAAAUCUACGACAUGUACCUCAUUCACUGAUGUCCGUAGGGUACAGUGUUUUAUGCUGGACUCUAUGAGGAUCAGACCAGACCGACAUAACUGGUUACCAUAUCAAGUCAAAGACCCAAAGAAGUUGUGCGUUCUUUCCUGUGUUUCAAAUUUGACUGGGGAGAUAGAAACAUUUGACAACAUUCCAGUGGACAAUGGUGUCCCAUGUUCUUAUGAUGAAGCAAAUAACAUUUGUGUUGAUGGCAAAUGCAUGCAUGUUGGUUGUGACGGAAAAAUGAAUUCCUCUGCAAAAGAAGAUGAAUGCGGAGUUUGUAAUGGCGAUGGUUCACAGUGUAAAACAGUUAAUGGAAGAUUUCAAAAGAAAUUUACUACAACUCACCGCGACUAUAUGGAUCUCCUUGUGUUACCAAAAGGCGCCAGAAAUUUUAAAAUUACAGAGGUUUCCAAGGCAUCCCAUUUUCUUGCUCUUCAGGAUCCAAGGUAUGGUACAUUUAUACUGAAUGGCGGACGAACUCUCGGGAGAUCGCGCGAGUUUGCUGCGGCAGGAGCUUGGUUUGUGUAUGAAAACAACGGUAUAGAAUCACUGGAAUCUAAGGGCCCAAUUCAGACGGAUUUAGAAGUAAAGGUUUUUCCAAGGGAUAAGCAUUCUUUUGCAUCAUAUGAAUACCAGUAUACCAUUUCAAAAGAUGAUAAUACUCAUGAAAAGAUGCUGUAUUACUUCAAAUACGAAGGCUGGACAGACUGCUCCGUCACCUGUGGAACCGGAGAGCAAAGCUUGAUAUACGGGUGUUACAGUAAGGAAAAUGACAUCAAGGUUGAACAAGAACGGUGUAAAUAUCUGGAAGAUCCAAGAGGAAAACCGCAUAAAUGUAGAAGAAGUAAAUGCUCAGCAGAACAGUUGAGAUGGGCAAUGCUGAAUGACUGGACAGAUUGUAACGAAACUUGUGGUGAACAUGGCAUGCAAUACCAGCUAUAUAAAUGUGAGAGAGAUACACGAGGCCAAAUAGAAUACAUGGACCUCUCGGUAUGCGACGAGGUUCUUCCUCCUCCGACCUAUACCAGGGCGUGUAACCGAGUUCCCUGCCAAGUCUAUCAAUGGAUGGACUCCGGUAAGUGGAGCGAAUGUUCCGAAACGUGCGGAAACAAUGGGAAGAAAGAGAAACUGUUUAUUUGUAAGGAUCAUUUAAGGAAAGAUGUAGAUGACAGUUAUUGUACGGGACCUAAACCAGAAAAGACGGACAAAUGUAAUGUAAAACCGUGUGAAAUAUUUAAACUUGUUUCUACGGGGUCAUUGGGGCCUUGUUCCGAGACAUGUGGCGAAAAUGCUUAUCAGACCAUGUUAACAGAAUGUGUUCGGGUUAAUUCUAGAAACAAAACUGAAAAAGUAUCGAAGUCAGAAUGUGAGAAUAUUUUAGAGGAGGAUGAAAUCAGGCCUUGUCCUUAUGUACCUUGCUACAAAGCCACUUAUAAAUGGAUAGUUUAUGAAGACUGGUCUGAAUGUUCCAGUGAAUGUGGAAAUGGGGGUGUUCAAUUUCAGAUAAACAAGUGUUUUGAUGUAACUUAUGAAUAUGCUAUGAAAAAUGUAGAAGACCAUUAUUGUGAUAAAUCCAAGAGUGCUAAUAUGACUAGACCAUGCAACAGAGUAGAUUGUUUUGACUAUAACUGGGUUUCACAAUCUUGGAGUGAUUGUAGUUCAACAUGUGGAACGGAUGGAAUCCGUAAACAGUUGUUUUCAUGUGCAAAAGUGUACUUAAACAAAACGGUAGAAGAUGUAGAUGAAUCUCUUUGUAGUCAUCUACAAUAUCCUGUCAUAACAGAGGACUGUAAUAGGAUUCCUUGUGAGAUAAGAGUGUACAGCUGGAUAAUGAUUCCAGAAUGGACAGAAUGUUCUGUAUCCUGUGGAGAAGGAAUCCAGUCGGGCCUUGUUGGAUGUUUUGAGGUUUAUAAGAAUGACACUAUGACUCGAGCUGAAAACGAAACACUUUGUCAGUUCGUCGAAAAGCCCAACUACCAAAGAUCUUGCACCAAAGGGCCCUGUGAAUCCUAUCAGUGGAGCAAAGAGUUCGAUUGGACCGCUUGUUCUGAGUCUUGUGGAGAACAGGGUAUCCAGACCACUAUACAUGUUUGUGAACGUGUUUUACCCGAUGGUUCGAUCAUUCCAACUAGUUCUUCUUUAUGCAAAGACAUACCAGAUAUUUCUCGUAGUCGGUCAUGUAACAGAAUACCUUGCAUAUCUUGGCGUUACAGAAUAAUACAUUUAGGCUAUCUUUCCGAGUGUUCCGAGACAUGUGGAGAAAAUGGCGUUCGGUUUUACCAUUAUGUAUGUGAAAGAGAAUUUGUAAAUGGCUCUACAGAGGAGGUGAAAAUGGAAAACUGUGCCGAUAUUGUGUUUCCAAACACCACCUAUCCCUGCAACAGAGUGUCUUGUGGUCGGGAAUGGGUCACCGAUAACUGGAGUCGGUGUUCCGUGUCUUGUGGAGUGGGAGUUCAAAAGAGAUACAUCUUUUGUGGCUCUAUCGCUGAAAACCUCAACCCUGCCGAAUGUUCCGCGAGCCCACCGGCAACAACAAGGGUGUGCAGUCAACAAAACUGUCCUCCAAAUGCCUGCGUAGACAAAAUCUCUCUUUGCACAAGGGGCGCCACUGAAAGAACUUGCAGAUAUAGGGGUUAUCAAUUCAUGUGUUGUGCUACUUGCAGCAAAUUCCAAACUUGAAAUGUUUUUGAAUUGUUCCUUUCUAACAAUUGGCAUAAAUAUAUCCAGAGAAAAGCAAUCGAGGCUUUUCACAUCAUUUUUUGUGUAUUCAUGUAAAAACACAGUUUCAUUUUAAAUUUUUAUGCAAGUGUGACAUAUAAAGAUGUUUAUUGAUUUACAUGCAUACCUUGUGUCAAAAGUUAUCAUCUAUAUAAUACGAGUAAGAAAGUUGCACACUAAUCCCCGACGUAUUCUUAAAACACAUAAUUAUGCCGAAUUUAAUCAAAUGUUGAUGUUCUUUGAUUAUAAUACAGAAUUAAUACUAAAA